AUGCGGCGCUGCGUUGGCGCACGUGUCUCUUCACAGAAAAGAGUUCACCUGGCGGGCAGAAAGCGGAGCAAAAGGGCUGGACAGGGAAGUCUUCGGUGCUUUCUGUACGAGACAGGCAUCAUGUUUGGCGCUCCGGGGGCCUCGCAGAAAGCGGGGAAGGACCAGGACCUGGCGUCCGGCCGCCCCCGCCAGGGCUCCGGUCUGAGGGAGAUUCACAUCGAUGAGGAGGUCAAGAUCGCCGUGAACCUGUCUCUGGAGAGGUUUCGCUACAGCGACCAGAAAGAGAUAGAGUUUCCUGCCUCCUUUUCCAGUACUGAGAGGGCUUUUGUCCACCGAAUGGCACAGUCUCUGGGGUACAUUUCAAAGAGCAAAGGAAAGGGGCCGAGCCGCUACCUGACGGUCAGGAAGAAGGACGUAGCAGACAAACCGCAUCCCAACAUCUCCCUCACGCUCUCCCCCAGCUCCCAGUACUUCAUUCGGAGUCUGGUUCAGAGGUUUCCCACCAGCAAAAAGGAGCGCACAGACAUGCAGCCCAGCAGCAAAAGCAGCUCCUCCCUGGCUGCAGACCCCGACAGCAGCUACGACAGGAACCGGGCCAGUGGCCGUCUGAACAACGGCAUUCCCAUGGUGCCCAAGAGGAGGGCUCCCUCAGAGCUGGACGCCUUUCGCUGCUCUCUGCCUGUGUGUGAGCACCAGGAGGACAUCAUCCAGCUCAUCAGGGACAACAGGGUGGUGCUGGUGGUGGGAGAGACCGGCUCCGGAAAAACUACACAGAUCCCACAGUUUUUGCUGGACGACUACUUCAGGAACAGACAGUCCUGCAGGAUCUUCUGCACUCAGCCCAGACGCCUGGCGGCCAUCGCUGUGGCUGAGAGGGUGGCAGCGGAGAGGGGGGAGUGUGUGGGCCAGACUGUUGGCUACCACAUCCGACUGGAGAGCAGGGUCUCCCCGAAGACUCUGCUGACCUUUUGCACGAGUGGAGUUCUGCUCAGGACUCUGAUGGCCGGAGACGCGAGUCUGACCACAGUCACACACAUCAUUGUGGACGAGGUUCACGAGCGCGACGGCCUGACGGACUUCCUGCUGACAAAGAUGCAGGACGUCCUCCAGAAGGUCCCAACUCUGAAGCUGAUCCUGUCCAGCGCCGCUCUGGACGUAGAGCUGUUCCGCCAGUACUUCGGAUCCUGCCCCGUCAUUCACCUCAAAGGAAGACUGUUUGAAGUGAAGGACGUCUUUCUGGAGGACAUUCUUCGGCUGACAGGUUUUAACAAUAGAGACUUGUGGAAAUACAAGGAAGAGACACAGAGAAAGGAGAGGAAACAGAAACGCCUGACUGAAUGGUGUGAGACGGUGGAGACCAGCUCCCCUGUGAGGGAGCCCUCCCCUGUGCUAGCACCAGGCUUCCUGCAGGCCAGCAGCUGUGGGGGCAGAGACGACAGAGACUCCAACAAGCUGGACAACAAAGGCCCGGAGAGCCUGGAGCCCUGGCUGCUCAAGGAGAUGGACGCCUGCAUUUCCAACAUCUUCCUGUACGAAGACCAGGACACUUUUAACCAGCUCUUCAACCUCAUCCUGAACGAAAACGUCAACGUGGACUACAUGCACAGUGAGACGGGGGCCACGGCUCUGAUGGUGUCGGCAGGCCGGGGGUUCCUGUCCCAGAUGCAGCAGCUGCUGGUCAUGGGAGCCGACAUCAGCACAGUGGCUUCCAACGGGUGUGCAGUCCAAAUACUAAAGACAAUAGAUGCUCUGGAUCCGUUUGAAGACCUGACGGAUUUGGGCUACCACCUGGCUGAUCUCCCUGUGGAGCCCCACCUGGGGAAGAUGGUGCUCUGUGCCGUGGUCCUCAAGUGUCUUGACCCCAUCCUCACCAUCGCCUGCACCCUGGCCUACCGCGACCCCUUCGUGCUCCCCUCCAUGAGCGCUCAGAAGAGAGCUGCUUUGAGCUGCCGCAAGCGCUUCACGUCCAACACCUUCAGCGACCACAUGGCGCUGCUCAGAGCCUUCCAGGCAUGGCAGAAGGCCCGUAGUGACGGCUGGGAGAGAUCCUUCUGUGAGAAGAACUUCCUGUCCCAGGCCACCAUGGACAUGAUCCUGGGCAUGAGGACGCAGCUACUGGGACAGCUCCGGGCUAUUGGCUUUGUGCGGGCCCGGGGGGGCAGUGACAUCCGUGAUGUCAACCUGAACUCUGAAAACUGGGCGGUGGUCAAAGCUGCUCUGGUGGCUGGCAUGUAUCCAAACCUGGCCCAUAUCAACAAGGAGAGCUCUCUGCUCUCCAGCUACAGAGAGAAGAAGAUCCACUUCCAUCCCACCUCCAUCCUCAGCCAGCUCAAGGAGAGCACCCAGCCCAAAUCGGCCCAGGCCCUCCCCACAGACUGGCUGAUCUAUGACGAGAUGAGCCGAGGCCACAGGAUGGCCAGCGUCCGCUGUUGUUCCCUGGUCACUUCCAUCACCAUCGCCAUCUUUGGAGGGAGCUCCAAGCUGCCCUGCCCCGCCCUCCUGGACGGGGGGCCACAGAGGACCAAUGACAGCCCUCCAGAUGACACCAGCGACAGUGAUUCAGAGGACCUGGCUGAGAUGAGGAUAGAUGACUGGCUUGUCUUCCAGCUGGAGAAAGAGGGUGCAGCUCUGUUGUUUGAACUGAGGCAAAAAUGGCAAAAUUUGUUCACAAAGAGGAUCCGCUGUCCCUCCAAACCCUGGUCUCAGCGGGACGAGUCCAUCAUCCAGACCCUGGUGUCUGUUUUGGGAGCAGAAGAGCAGGAGGCAGGUCUGCUGCAGCCUACAGGGAUCGGCCAGCGCCCCCGGCCCAUGUCGUCAGAGGAGGGGCCCCGGUCCUCCGGGCGGGGCUCCAGGAGCAGCCUGCAGAUCCCCACCAACAGCUCCAGUGACAACUCCUCCUGCUCAGUGGCUGUGGACAGCCCUCGUGACCCCCCCUGUCCUCCCUCUUCUGGGAAGGUCCUGAAGCCAGCGUCCCUACAGGCUGCCUCCUCUUCUGUCCGGUACUUCAUUAUGAAGAGCAGCAACAUCAGGAACAUAGAGAUUUCUCAGCAGAAGGGCAUCUGGUCCACUACACCAAUCAACGAGACCAAACUCACCAAGGCCUUCCUGGGAAACGGCCUCAUCAUCCUCAUCUUCUCCGUUCAGGGUUCCGGACACUUUCAGGGAUACGCUCGCAUGACAUCAGUCAUCAGUCAGGAGGGCUGCCAUGACUGGGGCUUCGUGGGGCUCGGAGGGCUCUUCAGCGUGGAGUGGAUCCACAAGGAGAGCCUGUCCUUCCAGUGCACCCAGCACAUCCUCAACCCAUGGAACGACAACAAAAGGGUCCAGAUCAGCCGCGAUGGACAGGAGCUGGAGCCUCUGGCCGGCAGCCAGCUGCUGGCCCUGUGGGAGAGGGCCUCUGGAGGCCUGCUCACCUAA